GCAGCAGCAGCAGCAGCAGCUGUGACUAGCUUUGCUUCCUUUGUCUCCUCCUCCAGUUUCUCCUCGCCCUUCUCCUCCCGGGUUCUCGGAGGCUUGGGCGGGUUGGCCGCGUCAAGAUCAGCCGGGCAGACAGCUGGCACGCACGGGGCACGAGCGGGCACCGGAGCCCGCAGAGGGGCAGGAGGGGCGCCUUCGACACCCUGUGCCCUGCCCGUCCCCCAUCCCCCCCCAACCCCUCUCGCCUUCCGCAGCCCUAAUGACCCUGCAGCUGCCCGGCCCGGGCUGCCCCACGACCUCUCCUCUUCCUCCUCCUCCUCUCCCGCCUCCUCUGCUCUGAUCACCCCGCCGGCGAUGCCAGCCCAGUUUUCUUGAUCCGGAUUCUCCCGAUACCCUCCCCGCCCGCCCAAUUUGCCGAGAUGCCCGAGACAGGAGCCGGGGGCUCCCAGGAGGGCGAACGGGGUAAACGCGCCCAGGCGGAUGGAGAGCGAGAUCGGGCCGAACCGGCUGCGGCGGCUGGAGUCCUGGAUAAGCUAUUUGGGAAGCGGCUGCUGCAGGCUGGACGCUACAUCAUGUCCCACAAAUCCUGGAUGAAGACGGUGCCCACCGAGAACUGCGAUGUGCUCAUGACCUUUGCAGACACAACCGAUGACCACACGCUUCUCUGGCUCCUCAACCACAUCCGCCUGGGCAUCCCCGAACUCAUCAUCCAGAUCCGCCAUCACAAGCACACCCGCGUCUACGCCUUCUUCGUCACCGCCACCUAUGAGAGCCUGCUCCGCGGGGCCGACGAGAUUGGGCUGCGGAAGCCUGUGAAGGCUGAAUUUGGGGGUGGGACCCGUGGCUUCUCCUGCGAGGAGGACUACAUCUACGAGAACAUCGAGAAUGAACUUUUCUUCUUCACUUCCCAGGAACGACAGAGCAUCAUCCGCUACUGGCUGGAGAAUCUGCGGGCCAAGCAGGGCGAGGCCUUGCACAACAUCCACUUCCUGGAGGGCCAGCCUAUCAUCCCCGAGCUGGCCGCCCGCGGAGUCAUCCAGCAGGUGUUUCCCGUGCAUGAGCAGCGGAUCCUAAACCGGCUGAUGAAGUCCUGGGUGCAGGCUGUCUGCGAGAACCAGCCCCUGGAUGAGAUCUGCGACUACUUUGGGGUGAAGAUUGCCAUGUACUUUGCCUGGCUGGGAUUCUACACCUCCGCCAUGGUGUACCCUGCAGUCUUCGGCUCCAUGCUGUACACCUUCACCGAGUCGGACCAGACCAGCCGGGACAUCUGCUGCGUGGUCUUCGCCAUCUUCAACGUCAUCUGGUCCACCCUGUUCUUGGAGGAGUGGAAGCGUCGAGGGGCAGAAUUUGCCUAUAAGUGGGGCACCCUGGAUACCCCGGCGGAGUCCAUAGAGGAGCCACGGCCGCAGUUCAGGGGCAUCAAGAGGAUCAGCCCAGUGACUAAUGCAGAAGAGUUCUACUAUCCCCCCUGGAAGCGGCUGCUGUUCCAGCUGCUGGUCAGCCUCCCCAUCUGCCUCGCCUGCCUCUCCUUUGUCUUUCUCAUCAUGCUGGCCUGCUUCCAGCUGCAGGAGUUUGUGCUGAGUGUGAAGGGGCUGCCCCGCCUGGCCCGCUUCCUGCCCAAGAUCACGCUGGCACUCAUUGUCACCGCCUGCGACGAGGUCUACAAGAAACUGGCCUACUGGCUCAAUGACAUGGAGAACUACCGUCUGCAGAGUGCCUACGAGAAACACCUCAUCAUCAAAAUCGUCCUGUUUCAGUUUGUAAAUUCGUACUUGAGCCUUUUCUACAUCGGUUUCUACCUCAAGGACAUGGAGAGGCUGAAGGAGAUGCUGGCGACGCUGCUCAUCACCCGCCAAUUCCUCCAGAACGUCAAGGAGGUGUCCCAGCCCCACCUGUAUCGCAGGUUCAAACGCGGUGACCUGAACCUGCAGGCCGCCUGGGAGAUGUCCCGCACCCUCCUCCGUCUCCUCAGCCAGAGGUACCAGGCCCCCCACAGUCCUGAGCCCCGACCAGGAGAGCCGGGGGCUGGCCCACCCGAGCCGGCGGCCGAGGAGGGAGGCGGCAAGAAGUGCCUGAACGGAAGGUGUGGAGUCCCAGAGGAGGAAGAAGAGGAGAAGCAACUGCGGGCGGCAGGGGAGGAGGACGAGGCGGGCAAGGAGGUGGAUGAGGAGGAGGACGAGGAGGAGGACGAGGACGAAGAGGAGGAGGAGGGUUUGCCAGACUGCGGGCUGAAGCUGAAGAAGGUGAGCUUCAUCGAGAGAACGGAGAGGCACAGCGAGCCCGGCUCCCUGGGGCCUGAGAGCCUGCUGGAGGAAGGCAGCCCCACCAUGGUGGAGAAGGGCAUGGACCCGGCCUCCGUCUUUGAGCUAGAUGAGGAUGAGGCCGAGGGCCCUACGGGCAGCCCCCUGCGGGAGCCCAGGGAAACGACCGUCACUCUGAGGCCCCGCCGGCGGCGGCGGUGGCAGCGGCGGCGGGAGGAGGGGCCGGAGGAGGAGGAGGGGCCGGAGGAGGAGGAGGAGGAGGAGCAGCGGCGGCACAAACAGAAUCGGGCCUCCUGGAUCGACCCCCCUGACGAGGACUAUUCCCCGCAACUGACCCAAGCCGAAGUGGAGAGCUGCAUGAAGAAAUAUGAGGACACGUUUCAGGAUUACCAGGAGAUGUUCAUUCAGUUUGGCUACGUGGUCCUCUUCUCCUCGGCCUUCCCGCUGGCUGCCAUGUGCGCCCUGGUGAACAACAUCAUUGAGAUCCGCAGCGAUGCCUUCAAGCUCUGCACCGGGCUGCAGCGGCCCUUCGGCCAGAGGGUCGAGAGCAUCGGCCAGUGGCAGAAGGUCAUGGAGGUCAUGGGAGUUCUGGCCAUCGUGGUUAACUGCUACCUGAUUGGCCAGUGUGGCCAGCUGCAGCGUCUCUUCCCCUGGCUCAGCCCUGAGGCAGCCAUCAUCUCCGUGGUGGUGCUGGAGCACUUCGCACUUUUCCUGAAGUACCUCAUCCAGGUGGCCAUUCCCGACAUCCCUGCCUGGGUGGCUGAGGAAAUGGCCAAGCUUGAGUACCAGCGCCGGGAGGCUUUCAAGAAACACGAGCGCCAGGCCCAGCACCACUACCAACAGCAGCAGCGGCGCAAGCGGGAGGAGGAAGAGCGGCAGCGGCACGCCGAGUACCACGCCCGCAAGGAGCGGGAGGCCAGCCGGGAUGAGGGCCGGGCCGAGGGUGCAGGGCAGGACCCGGCCCCCGAGAAGGCCCCGGCCAAGGGCAAGGGUGGCAGCGCCCACAGCGCCGACAAGCCCAAGCGGCCCAGCUCCCUGCUGGCCGGCAACAACGUCCUGAAGCUGAAGCAGAUCAUCCCUCUGCAGGGCAAGUUCUUGUCCUCGGGGGGUGGGGGGGGCGGCGGCAGUGGCGGCACCACCCACGCGGGCGCCUCGGUCCGUUCACCCCAGUCCCCCACUGCUGACACCAAGCUGCCCGGCUUCCUCAGCUUCAAGUUCCUCAAGUCGCCCGAGCCCAAGCGCGACCCAGAGCGCACCCAGUCGCCCACCAAGUCCUUCCACCCAGGCAAACUCUUUAACUUCGGGGGCAAGUCCGAGGGCGGGGGCAACGGGGCGGGGGGCCAGCUCCGGUCCGAGGGCCCCCCCAGCAGAUCCCAUCUCAACGGGGUGGCCGUUGAGGGCAGCGGGGAGGAGCCUGAGAUCUGGGCCCAGGAGGACAGCUCCAGCCAUAAACUUUAACCCGGGGAAGAGGGGUGGAGGGAGACGGGAACUGGGCUUUGGGGAGAUGUGUGGAGGAGGGCAGUUAGUCAUCCUCCCCUCCCUUCGCCCCACAAGGUGUGGCCCCCGAGGGAGUGGAAGGUUUGGCGGGGGAGGAGGAGGAUGGGGGGCUGCUUCCAAUCCUAGCCCUCCCUCCCCCUUCUCCCCACCUCAAAUUGCAAUACAUAGGGCUGGGGGGCAGGGAGGACCGGGGGCUGAGCUGGGAGACUCUAGCGGGUCAGCCAGCCUCAUUCUCCGCCCACCCUAUCUCCCAGAAGCCGCAGGCUCGGCAGCCUCCCCUCCCUGAAGGGUUGGCCCCAGGGUUUUUCCCGUCUUCCCGCCCCUAGCGGGCAGCGGUUACUCCCCUCUCUCCCGACCCCGCCCGCCUCGUGCAGUCCGGUGAAGCCGGCGAUGGUAGUGUUCUUCUCGAUGUCUUGUCUCCCGGGGUGGCCUCGGCCCCCCCGCACCAAGGGCUGUGUGUGUGUGCACCACGUCUGUGUUGUAUGUGUGAGGAAAUGCUAGUCGAGGCGCCACCGGGGAGACUCCCCCCGAGCCCUGAGCGUGCCACCUCUCUUCUCUGCCCCUGGGCCCUGCACCCCUCCCAUCCCCAUCUCCCCCAGAGCCCUGGCCCCAAACUCCAUAUGCAUGGUGACAUUUCUUGCACUAUAGGCCCACCUCUUCAGCUCCAUGCUCCUCCUUUAGCCAGCUUUCUCGGGGUGUGGAGGGCAGCCCCCCUCUCACCUCUAUGCAAACCCCGGGUUGCUGUGUCCCUUCCCUCCUGCUCCUUGGCUGGGGGGUGGGGCGGGGGGCCUGGGGCCAAAGGCACCGUUGCUGUAUAGACCUGCAAUAAGCAUCUCCCUGGGAGAGGGUGAGGAGCAUGGGAGGGGGAAAACAGAGGGCAGAGGGAGGGGGCUGUGGGCUAAGGGGAGCUAUCCCCCAGAGAAACUAAGGCUUAGGGAGAUUUAGGGCCCUGGUCGGGAGGCUGGGCUGAGUCUUGGGCUGGAUGCAGGGACCUAGCCCCAGAUUCUGCCCCCGCUGGGGUCCGGGGGUGAGGGGAAUGGGCCCCUGGCUGAGCCACUCUGGCGCCCCCUUCCUGGGCAGCAGGAGCCAGGGCCACUGGGGCCCACUGACACUGGUCCUGCCCUUGCCCACUCAGGACACGAAACUCACCCCUCACUCCCCUCUCCUUGAGUCAAGAGUGGAGUGGAAGCCCCAGGGCCUGCUCUGCUCCUGCACUAGGAGAGAAGGGGGGGGGGGGCUAUCUCAGGAUUCACACUAUUUGGGUUGUGACAUUGUUUAAAAAAAAAAGUGGCCAGGCAGUGGGAACUUGGGGGUUGGACAGGGAGGGUCAUUUGCUAAGUGGGCCAGCACUCUUGUGCUGUCUGAGACCUUUGAGGAGACCUAAGAGCAAAAAAGGAAAUGGGGCUGGUUUGCAGCAGGAGGGCCUGAUGUUAGACAGCAAGAACUUCCUGUCUAAGGGAUGCUAGUCGUGUGUGUGUUGGGGGGACCUCCUUGCUUGAGAACUUUAAGAAGAGAAUCACGCCCUCCCCUCCCCACCUGGUUUAUCACACCUCUGAAGGCAGGGGUUGGAGAAGAUGACCUCAAAGGUCUUUUCUAGUAGUAACCAAUCCAUUGGAGGGCUCCUUUCCCCCCCAAGCCUAUGUCUAGAAGCAAUAAAGCCCUCCUGGGGGGGAGGGAGGGAAAGAGGGAAUUGUGUAUGGAGGGGGACAGGCAGUCAGUACCUGGGGGCAGUUGGGCCAGCCAAACUGUCUGGUUCCCUGACAUAAGGAGUCACGGUGGGAUCUGCGCUCUUCCUUGGCAACCCCACGCCCCUACCCCCAGCUACUGCUACUGCUGGGAUGGUGGGACUGGAAAGGGGCACCCCCAGGGGAAGCCAUGAAGCCUCUAGGCUAUGCCAUCCGUUAACCAGGAAGGGUGCGGGGGAGGGCUCCCACUCCUCAGUCUAUGUGCCUGAAUCCUCUCCCCCUCUUCUGCUUCAAACUGGGUGACCCAGGUCAGCCUAGGAAAAGUCCCAGCCGGCUCCUCCCCCUCCGGGGCUCCGGUCAGCCAGCCCCGGCUGGCCCAUCUCUUUCUGCCUUUAGCCCCAGACUGGCCCCCGGGGCCAUUUGGCUGUCGGCACUGAGAGCGGCUCAAACCUACCCCGUCACAGCUCAGCUCUUGCUCCUGAAGCCAGUGGGCACGGCAGCCCCCGGGGGACAGCGUGGGCAGGGCUGGACCGGCCAGGGCUGACCGGUCAGAAAUCCCACUCUGCUCCGGCUCCGGCCCCCAGCUGGAACCCUCCCCUCUCCCCUUCCGCAGGGACAGAUCAGGCUGCCACAGGCAUGCCGGGGCCGGGCAGGGAGGCUAGAGCUGGCCUUCUCCACCGCUCCUGCCACCCGGGCCACGCCCCAGCCGGAACCCAGCGACGCUCCUGCCUGCCGUCCCCCAGGAAGCCCCUCCCCGGGGGCUGCUGGCACUGGGAGGGGCUGUGGAACCGCACCCGGAGGGAGACCCAGGAAGCCGAAUGCCCGCUGUGUGCCGUGAGCAGGAGCGCCAGCCCUGGGAGGCCAGCACGCAGGACCCCCUCGCCCCCAGGGAACCCUCCCGCCCGCGCCAGCCCCUCCCAACCCCCAGUGCCCUCCCAACCCUCUGCUGCUCACCUGAAGGCAGAUCCCAGCUUCUACAGCCUGCUGCCUCCGGAGCCGGGCCCAGCUCUUGCCCUAGCUCCCGCCCUCCCCCAACCCGAGGAUGCUAACUGUUAUGCCCCAGACCCCAAAGACCCGCCCUCUCCUCUCCUCCUCCCCUCAACCGACUCCCCGAGCCCGCAGUACCUCUGCUGGCCAGCAGGGUGGCGCUAGAAGGUGCCAGGGGUGGGGUGGGUCCCAAACAAGCUAUAGCCAAGACUUCAAUGAAUUUUUUCCUUUCCGUUCUCAUAUGCAAUAUUAGUUUAAAAAAAGAAUCGGGAGUCUUUUACGUUCUUGUCUUAGUGCUAGGAGCCCCGCCCAGGCCCUGGGGCAAAGCGGCUGAUAGCCCUGGGCCUCAAAAGCAGGCAAUUGGGGAUGGGGGGGUGGGGGAGAUGGGAGGGGCUGUUGCCCAGGGAAUUUUUACUGUUUCUCAAUACAAAGUAUUUAUACAAACAUUGCUCAUCUGGUGGUCUUCUGGGCAAUCACUGUACACAGGAAAAAAAAAUACAAUUUUUUUGCUGUUUUAUUUCUUUUGAUCAAGGAAAAAACUAAAAGGGGUUUAUUUAUUUCUUUUUAAUUUAUUUUGUCAUAUUUUUGUAAAAUCUGCAGAAAUGCAAUAAAAAAAGUAUAUUUCAACAAAG